AGAUAGAUAUAUAUGACUAAUCAUGUUUUCUAGUUUUAUUUUACAGUCGGUUUGUAUAAAUGUACUGCCAAAGCUUAAAAAUCAUAAUUUAACAUUAUUAAUUAUCUCAUUAAAUGUUAGUUUGCUUUUAUGGGGGUCUUCCACACCCCAAAUAUAUAUAUAUCAAUAAAUUUACACUCAAAGCAACACCAAAAGACCCACCCACCCUAACACACACAGAUACACAUAUAAUAUAUAAUUAGUCAUAUAUUUUAUAUACAGUCUAAAAAGUCUCUUGGCUUUGUAUGCAUUAUUCUACUAUUGCAUGUUUGUACUCUUAAACACAUAUUUUGUGCUUUUAUUUUAAUCCCUGUAUGAUGCUACCUUUAACUAAACCCAAACUACAACACUUCUCAACUUUCUUGUUCCUGUUCUCUCUCCAUCUCUCACUAUCUUCAAUACUUUAUGCAUUUCUUUCCACUGUAACAUCUCAUCUAUUUCUCCUUCUUGCUCUUACAGUUAUUCCUUCCUUCACUGCUAAUAAUUACUGAAAUAAACGGUGGUUUAUUAGCGUCCACAAUUAUUAGCUUAAAUCAUCCACGACUCGAAAUAAUUAAAAGCAGUCAUCUCUCCAUGUAUCGUCGUUGUUCGUGUAUUUUUCACGAACUUGUAUCAAAAUUUAUUUGUAGUGCAUGACCAUACGGUGUCCUUGCUUGAAGAUAGAAUGAAUAAAUAGAACUUAUACUGUAUGAAGAUGAAAGAAGCUGUACCUUUAUGGCCACGUAUCCAUCCAUCCCCUCCUGAAAACAAAAGCUUGCAGGUAUUUACACCUGUCGGUAAUGAAAUCCCGGGUGAGCGCAAUCCUCAGAUUGUAGUGGCCACCUGCACGGACACGCCUGCCACAACAAGGGAGCAACAAGGCCCCGGCUGUUUAACGAGAAAGACGAUGAUGGAGGCAAAAGGCCAACUUUCAUGAUGCUCCUGGCGCGUUGCUGCGAAAAUUUACUGUAUCCCAACGCACUCGCCGUUUGCAGCUCGGCAGGUGGAGUUUCAAGGAGGCGGGUUUCUCUCUCCUCCUCCGCGCCGACAUCUCACCCACUCACCCCCGACCCCCUCCAUCUUUCUCUCACACUGCCAUCUUUUAUCGUCUGCUCACUUUUGCUUGUAAGAAAGCGAGAAAAGGUUGGAAACUGUUAAGAAGGGGGAAAACAUGUUAAGGAAAAAAAAAACUUUCUUUGCUCGUGGCCAGAUCCGAGUCUUUAGGAUUUCCGUCGAGUCCUAGCGGAAGUUGUGGUUGACGUCACAAUAAUUGUGUAGCUUCUGGCGGUGGAAUUCCGGCGAGAAGCUUUCAUAGCCGUGUGGGUCGAGCAGGGCUUGUGGUGACGGCUCCUGCAGUUGGGAGUGUAGCCAUCUGCUGCUGCACCUCGGCGAAGACGUCUGCAGCGCUCGGCAUUGGUGGCGACUGAGGAGGAGCUUUUCUUCUCCUCCUGCCGCAUCUUCUUCCUGCCAAGUGGAGUUGUCCCCCCCUCUCUCCAUCUCGUCUGUCAGCCGUGGUUUCUGCCUCUGCGCCGUCGGCCAUCGUCCGUAACGCGGCAGACGCAAGGGGAGGUAACUCCAAGGAAUCUGAAGACGUACCCCAAGUCUUCAGACGAAAAACUUGCAGCUGAAAAAAAAAAUUGAGCUGAGAGGAUAAAGAGUAGGAUAAAGAAGAGGAAGAGAAGUGAGAAAGAAAGGACAAGCCAAGCUCCUGGUUGUGACAUCAAGAUGGCCAGCAAGGACCUGUGCCUGCUCUCACGUGACCACAUAGGGAUGAGUCGCACAGGAACAGGACUCUUGUCUCGACGAUCUCCAGCCUCAGGAUUACAGAGGAAGUCGCUGUUACUGCUGCCCCCACCGUCGUCGUCGUUGUCGUGCGCCUUCCUGUUGUGUUUGUUGGUGGUGAUGAUGGCUGUUGUACCAGUCGUCGCUCAACAGGUCAAGGACAAGCCGGAUCCUUCCGCCAAGCGCCUGCACAAGGACGUUAUGACCGGUUACAGCCAGUUUGUGCGGCCGGCCGGAGGUCCGAACCACCAGCUGACUGUCAAGAUGGGCAUGAGGCUGUCGACAGUAAUUAAGGUUGAUGAGAAGAAUCAGAUCAUUACCAUAAGCGUCUGGCUGAGACAGGAGUGGUAUGACGGCCGUCUGAAGUGGGACCCAAGUGAAUAUGGUGGCGUGACAAAACUUCACAUUCCCUCCGACAGUCUGUGGAAACCAGACAUCGUUUUGUACAACAACGCUGACGGCGACUACGUGGUGACUCUCAAGACCAAGGCCACGGUUUACUACGACGGCAAAAUCGUGUGGGAGCCCCCCGCCAUCUACAAGAGUUACUGCCCCAUAGACGUCGAGUACUUUCCCUUCGAUACAGAGUGCUUCCUCAAGUUUGGGACAUGGACCUACAAUGGUGGCGAAGUGGACUUGCAGCAUGUGUGCAACGGAACUCAAGUCAACGAACAAGAUCAUUACAUCGUCUUGCGAGGCAUCGACCUCAAAGAUUACUACUACAACGUGGAGUGGGACGUCAUCAAUGUCACCGCCCGUCGAAAGGUAAAGUACUACACCUGCUGCCCAGAGCCGUACCCGGAUAUCACUUUCAACAUUACCCUGCGGAGGCGUACCCUGUUCUACACCCUGAAUCUCAUCAUGCCCUGCAUCUCCAUAUCCUGUCUGACUGUGCUGGUGUUCUACCUCCCGUCCGACAGCGGCGAAAAAAUCACCCUGUCCAUCUCGAUCCUGCUGGCUCUCACUGUCUUCUUCCUUCUCCUGUCAGACAUGAAUCCACCCACUUCGCUGGUCAUCCCGCUGAUUGGCAAGUACCUGUUGUUCAUCAUGUUGGUGGUCACGGCGUCUAUAUUUUUGACAGUUUACUCGCUGCAUAUUAACUUCAAGCACCCCAGCACGGACAUCAUGUCGCCGUGGGUGCGGCGAAUUUUCACCGAGAUUUUGCCGCGUGCGCUGCUGAUGAAGCGGCCGGACUUGGAGAAGCGGCGUGCCGCCAUGAGCCCCAGGACCGUCAACGGGCUCGAGGCUCGUGAAGCAGCUCCCGAGCAGGACUCGGGCGCCUACGAGAACCUGCGAGAACGGCACGAGUCUGGGGAAUCCGUGGCCUCGUGCAGCGCCAUGGACGUCAACCGCUUCCCUUCGGAAAUCCUGGAAGCUAUGAAAGGCGUACAGUUCAUCGCCAGACAUCUUCGAAAUGGCGACAAGGAUUUGUCGGAGGAACGCGAUUGGAAGUACAUCUGCAUGGUGAUUGACAGAUUGUUUCUCUACAUCUUCACAACCGCCUGUUUCGGCGGUACCCUCAGCAUCUUCCUGUACGCCCCCUCUCUCAACGAUGCAAGGGUGCAUAUGGACCUCGUGGACCUGAACAGCACGUGCCAGUAUUAAUCAAGCUGUUGAUGACCACGGCGAGAAGGCGAGCGAUGUCAAAACGUCACGAAGACGGACACCGACGCCGUACUGGGACCGGAAACCAAUUUCCUUCCAAGGAGAGACAACUCGGUGUGCUGAGCGAUUCGACAAGCUUUCUUCCCUCCCCCUGGCUCGUGAGACACUUGGUAGCGAGGUACUAACCAUGGCGGGGAGAUAACUGAGGAGGAGAGGUGUCGGCGAGUGAAUGAAAGGAAGUGUUGUGUUUCCGGAAAUCUGUGAACUUAUGAAUCUAGUCGCGUUGUUGCAUCGUAGAUGACUGUGGUGAUAGGACAGGCGGUAGCGUUGCUAAUGGAGAACGACGGACCGGAGGCUGGGACAGUCACGGGAGGGGGAUACGGGAAGGGAGAUGAUGCUCAGGGGAGGUAAACGAACACAGAAAUGACUCUGGGGGAUUUUUUGGUCCAAUUUUUACAGGGGAGGCUACUUAUGUGAUACCUACUCGAAUAAUAAUUUUCUCUAUUAAUAAGACAGAUGGUGGACUGAAGAGUGGAGUGGGUCUGGGGUGGAAGGAGCAAAGGAUUGGGAUAAGACAACCCUUCUUAUACAAAUAUCAGUUCAAGAUUGAGCUCCACAACAAGUAACCACAGGCAUGCAACGCGCUGAAAGACACACACACACACACACGUAUAUCAACAUAGUUAAAAUAAAAACAGAUGUUUGUGAACUGUGACACCUGUGUAUACACUGUUGCCUGGAUACUGCAAGCAAAGGGUAAAAUAUACAGAUUAGCAAACUAUUUAAUAGGUACAGCUUUGUACUUCAUAUUAAUAUAUUUGCGUUUUGGGCCAUGCAUUAUCUGGUUUUCAAAGUCUGAGAGUGUAUGUUUUCUUUCAUUUGUCGGAUGAACCUGUCAAAAUGAGUUAAUAAAUUCUUCUGACUACAUA